AUGUCUGAGCCCCCACAACCCCUUACGCUAGCAGAGCAUGGUAUCAUCGACACCCGGCUUACGUUCAGCCUCAGCCACAGCACGACUGGCUUUCCAUGCAACGUCGACCAGUAUUUGCAUAUGCAUCCUGCGAGUGCGAAUGGUCUCAUCCAAUGCUUCUUCUUCGUGUCGUCUGCUCUUCGUUUCGCUAAACGCGCGCAACCCAGAUCGUUCCUCCCUCGUAUCCUAUCGAUGACGUCGGAUCGUGUUGCUCCAGCCUUCGUUUCCUGUGCUACCAUCCACUACAUCGGUCUUGUGCGCAGUUGGUCCAAUCUAUCGGUACCUCACUUCCUCGUGGACGGCACGCCGUCCCGCGCGAUCAACAUGGGGCCGAUGCGAAUCUCCAGGCUGAUGGAUUACACCGUCGGUCUCGAGACCCUUCUCGCCACCGCGCCUAUCUGCAGCUCAUGA